UUACAGAGUUCUGGCGCGAACUGCGCGAACAAUGCCGCUGCUAAAUCUUUUGGCGCACGCUUUACCGAAACCGUGUGCGUUUGUUUUUCGCAACGUACGCUAAGCCAGUAAAGCGAAGGAACCCGAGAAGAGCCUCAAACCUCCUCCAUUCCCUUGAUCGUUUGAAAAACUGCUGCGCACCACGGCAUCUCUUUAUCGGAACCACGAAGUUUCGAAAGGUCAAGGUGGUAGGCCAGCCCGCGCUGUAUACCCCAAAUGCACCUACGGCUGUAGUUUCAGGUGACGUGCUUGGCUCGAAACGCUGCUGUCAUGCCAUCUGCUUCAACAUCUUGAAGAUACGGAAGGGUUCUGGAACAACUGCACUGGCACCUUGUAGAACAGGAGCAGGCAGCAGUUGAGGAGUCAUCUGAUCAGAGCAUCUCAAAUGUAUAUUUGUAACCUUUGUAUGUACUCUGCAUGUGGCAAGGCUCAUCUAGCUAUUCACGCCUACCUUGUACAUGAGGUGCAGCCUGUACCAUGGCAUGAGAACAAUGUUAGUGUUGAGCCGCAGCCUUCCCAUUCUGAGACAAAACGCUUGGUUAGACUGAAGGAGUACAUAUGUGGACUUUGCAAAGAGUACCAUUUUAGGUGCCUCACAACUGCUAUGUUCCGCGAACACCUUGAGCAGAAGCAUUGUGGAUCUACAGCGUACGAUUGCCAUUUGUGUUUGGUUCGAGCUGGCUCCCCAGGUGUACUGUUGGAGCACUACAGAUGUGAUCAUGGCUUUUUUAAAGUGCAUUGUUUGUACUGUGACUUGGGCAGAGAUGACGACUGGUUCAUCAUGCGCCACAUCAUGGAAAAGCACCCUGAUAAGCCAUUUAGGCUGCUGCUUAGAAAUGGAGACACCUCUGCUGUCAUUCAAGAACUGCGAAAGUUGGUAGAGGAAUACCUGUCUAGAAGACCUGUGAAGCCGCCUAUGCCACAUCCAUUCAUGCCUGGGUCAUCGCCAGUUGAUGCAUGUGCUUGGUCUACACGGCCGACUGCAGACAUUGACUGGGAAAACAAUGAUAGAUCGAUGACAAGCUCAGAUCAACUUUGCAUCACAGAGUCUGUGCCCUUGAAGAAAAUGACAGAAAACUCAUGUUGCAAUGAAAAUAAACAGGAAACUGUUGAGAUGACUGUGAAAAAUAUUAAAUUAGAACCUGAGCAUCCAGCUGUGCCCUUACCACAGUCAUUGACGCUCACAUCAUUUAAAAUUGAAGCAUGUUCAACAGAAUUGAGAUCAGAAGCUGUCAAUGAUGCAACAUUGCGAGAAAGAGAAAAAAGUGCAAGAAACAGUACUACAGGUUGCAACAUCAUUGAGAACCAGCACACUGUUCAAAUGGAUGUGGGAGAAGCUGAAAGUGGAGAAUGUCAACUUUCAUCAUCAUUUGGGCAUGCACAAUGCAAAACGAAGCCUGAGAAUGACGAAAUAACAUCUACUACUCAGUGCAAUGUUGAAAUAGAUGUGGGACAUGCUGAGAGUGUAGCAUGUCAGUUUCCAUCAUCAUGUGAGCAUGUACAAAGCGAGACAGAGCUCGAUGACGAACCAACACCUACUAUUGAGCACACCGUUGAAAUGGACAUAGGAUUAGUGGAAACUGGAGAGUGUCAACUUGCAUCAUCAUGUGGGCAUGGACAAAGUGAAACAGAGCCCAAUGAUGAACCAACACCCACUACUCAGCACAGUGUUGAAAUGAAUGUGAGGUUAGUGGAAAGUGAAGAAUGUAGACAUUCAUCAUGUGGGCAUCGACAAAGUGAAACGGAGCCAGAUGACAAACCAACACCCACUGUUGAGCACACUGUUGCAAUGGACAUAGGAUUAGUGCAAACUGGAGAGUGUCAACUUUCGUCAUCAUGUGGGCAUGGACAAAGCGAAACAGAGCCCGAUGAUGAACCAACACCCACUAUUGAGCACACUGUUGAAAUGGAUAUGAGAUUAUUGGAAAGUGGAGAAUGUCAGCAUUCAUCAUGUGGGCAUGCACAAAAUGAAGCAGAGCCUGACAGUGACCGUCCAACACAGACAUCUUUUCCUGGUAGACAGCAAUUUUCUUGCAACAUAGAAAACUGUGCCAUGGAAUUCUGUGACGUGUUUGACUUUAUGAACCAUCUUGCCGAAUGUCAUCCCCCACAAUCACUGCUUCACUGUCCAAAGUGUGGCAUUGUUGUUUCUCCUGUAGAUCUUCUUGCACACAUUGUUGAGCGGCACAGCGGGGUCAUGUUUUGUCCUUAUGGUGAUUGCUCAUUUGGAAGCCAAAAUCAGUCGGAUGUUGAUGACCACAUAAUUCAAACCCAUCAAAUCUACCAGGAGGCUGACCAAGUUGUAGCAACUACUGAAGCUGUGCUUUGUGCUCCAGAUAUUUCACCCUCUGCAAGUUGUGCAGAAGAGGGUUGUGACGACACUGUUGAUAUUGGCAAUGUAUUGUGCUAUGAAAAUGAUGAAGCUGAUGAACACUGUGAUGUAGGUCAAACAGAAACUGCAGAAGGUCUCACUGCAAAAUAUCUUUGUGGUACAUGUUCUACACAGUGGGAAACAACGCUUUCCUACAUUCAUCACAUGACUACUGUACACUCUGUGCUAUUCUUCUGUGGACAUUGCUUGAAAUCGUACAAGAGGUCAAGGAGUCUGCUCAUGCACGCUGGUUAUCAUCAUCUAGGGCAGCCAUUCUCUGUGUGGCAAUUUGAGGAUGGAAAAAUAGUUGAUGUUGGCAAGCUCGUUGCACCAUCAUGGGUUCAUGAAGCUCAGUGUUAUCUUAAGCUUGCCAGUCGUUCAAGGCUUCAAGCGAAAGGUAAAACCAUGAUAAAAAAUCUGAAAAUUGCGAUUGAGUAUGUAACUUCUACCGCACUUGCCAAUGAAGUGGAGCAACCACUACCCAACACCAUAUCCUCUCAUAUAGAUGAUCAAAGAAGUACAUGUACAACUCCAAAGACUCCAACAUGGUGUACAGAGCCUAUGGCCGACAGUUUGCAUACAAGAGUCUCUGGUAGCCCACCUCUUCAAGACAAGGCUUUGCAUGAAUCUCAGUCAGCAUUGGAUGACCUCAGUGACAAUGGCACUGAUAGAUCCUCAGAGGAAUCCAGCCAUUCUGAAGUUAUGCCUUGUGCGUUGAAUGACUUUGACAUCAAGCCGUCUCCACUACAGCUUCUAGAAUGCUUAUCUAUGAGAACACCCUUCUGCACAAAGCCUCAGUGGAGCAUGAAUGGUAAAGUUCACAUGACAAUACUUUCGUCGGCAUACAUUGAUGCUUCCUCUUGCAAAAAAGUUAAUGGAAGCAUUGCAAUUGAGGAAGAAGUUCUCCGGAAGCUGUCUAGUCUGAACACCAUGCAUGUACACAAGAAAAGUGCAAGUAACGGGCCCACUUCCUUGCUGUCUGGAGUGCGUGUAGGGUCACAUUUGUGCUCUGUAUGCCUUAUCUCUUUUGGCACUUUUGAAGAACUUUGCAAGCACUUUGCGAAAAUCCAUGAGAAAGCUCCCCGGGACAUUGACAGUGCUAGCACUUUGACAGGUUUACAAGGUAACUGGAAAGUGCAAGAGUCCAUCUCGAACACCAUCAGAAAUGUCAAGCCUUGUCCCGGUGGUCAUGUACAAUUUGAACACUCAAAAAGUAAUGUGGGGUUGCAUUUGAAGCAGAUCAAAUCGAAGUGUUUUAAAGCUUCAGCCAUCACUGACAACCUUUUUGUCCUACUGGAUGGUGCACGAGUGCCAUACAGCCACCUUGCAAGCAUCACAAAUUUGAACCCUGUUGUUCGAUUGGUCAGGCUGCCAGUCAUAAAGCAAGAACUGCCAUGAACUGCUGUUGUAUUUGGAUAGUUUUAUGUCAUGUCUUGAACUUAGAACUCAUUUCCUGUUCAUGUUUGUGAAGUUUUGGUGUAUCAUUCAUUUUUUUUAUAAUGCGAGGCUGGUGAUCUAAACAGUAGAUUUUAUAUUCAGAGUCUUGCAGAUCGAUACAUACGUUCUAUUUAUAUAUCAUAGUUAUUUUGAUACUACCUUUCUUGGAAAACAGAAUUUUAACCAAAGUUCUGUGGAUAUAAUUUGCAUAGAUUUGCUUUGUUUUCACAAAGCAUGGAGCUUUGUUGUGUUGCGUGGCAACAAAUGUUUUCAUUAAUUAUUCAUGCAUCUGUAACUAAAUAAAUUG